ACGGCUAGAUACUAUAUGUGAUAUGAAGAUAUAUAUUUUUUUCAAAUUAAGCUUUAAAAAAAACUGCUGCCAAGGAAGCAACAACGAAGCCAGCACACAAAGGAAGUUAAGUCGAGCCAAACACGGAACGUGCUCUUCUUCUACUUCAUCUAUUAGUUCAACAGCGCAUUACUGACACCUGGCGGAGGAUGUGAAAGUUACCCUUUUUCUUCAGAACCGCCCACCCGAAAGUGAAGAAUGCCGUCACGAAUGUUGAUGAGCGGACUUUUCUGCUAAGUGUCGCAGUCCGUUUUAUCUCCACUUUUAAAACAAUGUUCACCACGGAGGUUUUGUGGGGGCUUCAGCUGGGCGGCUUUGUGCAGUACUCGUUCGCUCUGUUUUGCCUCCUAGCUGUCGUCCACAAAGUUAUCGUCCUAUUAAUGCACAUCAGAAGGACCUCUCGAAACUAUGACGCGUUCCCGGGGCCUCCGACACAUUGGUUGUUUGGGAACGCACUUCAGUUUAAACAGGAUGGGACUGACUUUGACUUGAUUGUGAAAUGGGGGUUGCAGUACCCCUACGGAUACCCCAUGUGGUUCGGUCCAUUUGUUUGUUAUUUCAACAGCCAUCAUCCAGAUUAUGUGAAAAGCAUACUGAAAACAACAGAACCAAAAGAUGAUUUUUUCUACAAAUUCAUAAAAAGUUGGAUCGGCGACGGCUUGCUGGUGUCUAGUGGUCAGAAAUGGUUCCGCCACAGGAGGCUCCUGACACCGGGGUUCCAUUAUGAUGUACUGAAAUCAUACACAAGACUGAUGUCGGAUUCAGUCAAAACCAUGCUGGACAAAUGGGAGAUUUAUUCAAGCACCGGCGAGACCUUCGAGCUCUUCGAACAUGUGAGUCUAAUGGCGUUGGACAGCAUUAUGAAAUGCGCGUUCAGCUACGUCAGCAACUGUCAAACUGAGAGCGGAACAAACACGUACAUCAAAUCCGUGUAUGAGCUCAGUUAUCUGAUCAGUUUGCGCUUAAGGACCUUACCUUAUCACAACGACUUCAUAUUCCAUCUCAGCCCACAUGGAUUCAGAUACAGAAGAGCUUGCAAGGUUGCUCACAGUCACACAGAGGCCGUGAUUAGAAAGCGAAAAGAAGCCCUGAACGGGGAAAAGGACACUGGCAACAUCCUAAAAAAGAGGAACCUGGACUUUUUAGACAUCCUUCUCCUUGCAAGAGAUGAAAACCAGCAGGGACUUUCAGAUGAAGACAUACGAGCAGAAGUGGACACCUUCAUGUUCGAGGGCCAUGACACCACCGCCAGCGGGAUCGCCUUCAUCCUCCACACCCUCGCCUGCCACCCAGAACACCAGCAAAUGUGCAGGGAUGAGAUCAACCAGGUCCUGGAUGGAAAGGACAACGUGGAGUGGGAGGAUCUCGGUAAAAUGCCGUAUACAACCAUGUGCAUCAAGGAAUCAUUAAGGCUAUACCCGCCUGUACCGGGAAUUGCCAGAAUAAGUACCAAACCCAUGACUUUUUUUGAUGGGAAGACUUUGCCAGCAGGUUGUUUACUUGGGGCAAGUGUGUUUGCGCUUCACCGGAAUUCAAUGGUUUGGGAGAACCCACAUGUGUUUGACCCACUUCGGUUCCUGCCAGAGAACAUUUCCCAGCGGUCACCACAUGCAUUUGUGCCGUUCUCCGCUGGCCCGAGGAACUGCAUCGGUCAGAACUUUGCCAUGAAUGAGAUGAAAGUGGUCGUGGCCUCGACGCUGAGGAGGUUCCAGUUGAUAGAUGACCCAACGAGGAAACCCAAGCUCAUCGCACAACUGGUGCUUCGCUCCCUCAACGGCAUCCAUAUUAGGAUCAAAGCAGUGAACACUUGAGAGCUAAGCGCCAUUCAUUUUCGACAGUCUUGGAUCAUAAUCCUUGUUAAAAUGGGGCUCCUCUGUAUAGGAAAUCUUCAACCUAACAUAUUGUUUACAUGCCAAUACUAUAUACUAUAACACACUUGCUGAAAUGGAUUAUUUUACUCAACAUGUUUCUGCUUUGUAAUUACAGUAAACCUCGGAUAUAUCGGACUCGGAUAUAUCGGAAAUUCGCUCACAACGGACAGAUAAAAAAGAACCAAUUUUUCUGUAAUGCAUUUCCAAUAAAAAUUCAUUGCAUAUAUCGGAUUUUUUAUAACGGAUUUCGCCUAUUUCGGACAAAAUCUCCAGUCCCGUUCCAAUGCAUUUCCAUUAAAUUUCCCUCGCAUAUAUCGGAUGGCCGCAUCGUGGCGCUCCGAUUCGCCGAAUCGUGACAGGCCGCUAUACAACGUCAUUUGCAGCGUUUGCAGCGUUGCCUGCGCGUCCAGGUACAUUGGAAACAUAGUCAAGGAAGUGCCUUUUUAUAACGGAUAAAAUCCGAUUUACGCAUAUACCGGAUAUAAAUCCGAUAUAUGCGUAAAACGGACAUUUUCCGGUAUACGCAUAUAACGGAUUUCGCUUAUAUCGGACAAAACCAGUGGGAACAAUUGAAUCCGAUAUAUCCGAGGUUUACUGUAUUACAUAGUAGUCUUGUCGGGUACAAUAGCAUGGCAGCAUUCUUUCUUUAAUCACGGAAGUCAACACACUACUACGUAUAUAAUGUAGAUUUUUCCAACAAUCAAGAGGAUGUGAUAUAACUGGAUUCUGAAAAGGCAUUUAUUUACAAAAUAAAUAUAUUUGCCAUAAUUUCCACUGAGGGCAACAUGGCGGUCGAGUGGUUAGCGCGCAGACCUCACAGCUAGGAGACCAGGGUUCAAUUCCACCCUCGGCCAUCUCUGUGGAGUUUGCAUGUUCUCCCCAUGCAUGCGUGGGUUUUCUCCUGGUACUCCGGUUUCCUCCCAAAAACAUGCUAGGUUAAUUGGCGACUCCAAAUUGUCCAUAGGUAUGAAUGUGAGUGUGAAUGGUUGUUUGUCUAUAUGUGCCCUGUGAUUGGCUGGCGACCAGUCCAGGGUGUACCCCCGCCUCUCGCCCAAAGACAGCUGGGAUAGGCUCCAGCACCCCCCCGCGACCCUCGUGAGGAAAAGCGGUAGAAAAUGAAUGAAUGAAUUUCCACUGAAAAGAAUACCCUGUGCAAAAUAUCCACGUUCCUAUUGUCUUCCAAAAGUUUACAUACAUGGAUGUCCUAAGGCAUGUACUAUAGGUCAUGCUUAACCUUCCUCUUGUAUUAGUAUCGGUUUUAAUGCAUAAAAAGAUUCACAUAACAUUUGUUUAUUGCAUCAAGGCUUUUUGACUUUGUCAGGAAACUCUAUUUCAACAAAAUAAAACAAAAAAAAAAUUUUUUUUACUAAUUUUAAAAUGAAAUUAUGACCACUGUAUUGUUAGUGUCGGUUUCGACCCGGUAAUAAUAAUAUGAUUAUAAAGCAAUAUUUUGAGCCAAAACUGAAAUUAUAAGUGUACAAUUAGCCAACACAAUUACAACUAGCUCCUUUUCUCAUAUUGUAAGCUUCAGAGGAUUCUCAUUUUGACCGCUUUUCCAGUAUAAUAGCAGAAAAACUACAUCCAGCCCUGUGAGGUGAAUUCACUCAUUUGACUGGCUGAUUUCAUAUUUACAAUUUGGAUCAUGGAAAGAAUGGCACAUGGAAAGAAGUACCAAAUUUUUGGUGGCCAUUACGGAGAGGACAGACCAGUAUAGCUAUUGAGAUGAGCAGGAGGACUACGUGGAGUAUGAUCCAGAAGACACAGAUGAUGCGAGUCAGAUGAAGAGGUUGCUGGUGCUGAAGCUGUUCUAUAUCCCUCAGUAAUAACCAGGUAACAAAAGAACCUUCAAUGUAUUAAUAUGAUUCUUUUGAGGUUCAUUUUAACAUUUUGGAAAUUUAAAAUCGAGGGGUAUAGCGACAAAAAAAAGGCCUACUUGCCCACACCAAAUGUAUUAAAUGAACAUUUUCAUGGGUGAGGAAGCCUAAGCAAAUUUGAUGGUAACUUAUUGUUUUUAGUGUAUUUUAUAGCUGAUUUAAUACAUGGAUCAAAACCGACCCUUUAACAUAAGAGGUGAUACCAGAAAGCUAAUACAAGAGGAAGGUUAACCGAUGCAGGAUCUCUCGGUUUGUUUUCUGGCUUAAGCAACUUAAACACUGGAUAAUGUGUGACAAGGAGUACUAAGAAGCUGUAACAACUUACUUGGUCCAUGUUUGCUUUCCAAACAAAGCAUUCACACGUUUUCUCAGUCUCUAUGAAGAAUGCAACUCUUUGACAGGAACCAAUCAUGAGCGAUGAGAAAAGUCGCAAUGAGCUUUUAAACCUAUUGGGAAUCACAGGAUGUCAUUACUUAAUAAAACAACAACAACCAAAGAAAUAUACAAGACCAGUACCAUUAUCUCAAAAUUAGUCCCACCAGAGUACUUCAUUAGCCAAUGGCUGCCAUGCUGAGUUCAUGAGCUUCCUCUAGUGGCCGGCGGCACUGCUUCUUAGUAGUUCUUGCAGUAGGAGACAAUGUCAUUGCAUGUUUUUAAUUACCGUAUUUUCUGGACUAUAAGUCAUACUUUUUUUUUUCAUAGGUUGGCAGUUCCUGCGACUUAUAAUUCACUAUUUUGACGGUUACUAUGGUACCCGUUAUGUCAUUAUAUGGUCCUGUCACCUUGUACUUCGGUACAUGACAAAAAAAACAAACGUAAAUUAUAUCAGAAAGCAGGAAGUGAACAAAUGUAACAGUUACUGAUUGUAAAAGCACCAGAUGGAGGGGUAGGAUUUAAUAAGCUUUGCUUCUUCCGACUCCUUUCGGACAUGAGGAACUGUGAACUGAUUAUGUGAUGCAUUCAAUUGUAAUCUGAUGCAUGUUCAAAUGAAAUAAAACCAUUACCAUUACCAUAAAUGAAAAAAACUGUUUAUGUUACAUAAAGACUGGACACCUUUUCUGUUCAUGUUUAUUUUUUGUGUAGCUGAAUAACCAUCUUACCUAUUCUGCCUGUUCUCUAUUCUUUUAUUGUUAGAAUUCGCCUUCUGUUUUGGUCAAGUCCGCAAACCUGCAAAAAGUGCGACUUAUGUAUGUUUUUUUUCUACCUAAUUAUGCAUUUUUGGCCUUGUGCGACUUAUACUCCGGAGCGACUUACAGUCCAUAAAAUACGGUAAUUACAAUCAUAAACGUUUUUUUGAAAUACACUGCUGAAAUACAAACUUUCUUGCAACUUUUCAAACAUGCUUCAAGCAUGAUAUGUCACCCUCUUUCUGCUCCGGAAGCCUCGCCCCACAUAACACACACAAUUUGCCUGUGUACUGUGCCUUUAAGAGGGAGAGAAUCUACAGUAGACAGGUUAUGAGAAAGAAAUAUGACAAAGUUGACACAAAGUAUAUCUUAAUAGGAUAACUUUGCCUCUGAAACUCUGUAAAUUUAUAAGAAACAGGCAAAAAAUUUGUUUUUAUGAAAGAAUAUGCAACAGAAUUUUGAAUUUUUGCUCCAUACUAGGAGUGGUUAAUUAAAUUGUGUUCUUUUUUUGGAGAAAACCGGCAUCGCGACUGUGUGUCAGACGGUGACCUGUGGCGUUGCAAGUACGGGAAGUGCAAACUUUGGUUUCAUAAAAUGUUGCCAAUAUCUUCUCAACACAUGCUUAGCUAAUCAUAGCACAUGAACUGCGACAGAUUCAGGCCUAACGACUGGACCUAUGGCAAUUGUACGUUAUCGCUUUCCAACUAACUGUUCCCCUGCUAGUCUAUUGAACGUUAAUUUUAAUAAAUUGGUAUCUAAAUUGUUGACCACAUGUCU